CAUGACCGGAAGCUUGAGACCGUGGUUAAAGGUUUUUUUUCAAGCUUUGUGAAAUGGCUGAAUCUGUAACUAUUGACAGAUAUGACUGAACUGACCGAAAGCAGAGUUCAUCACGAUACCGUGUGUCCGGAGGAGUCUAUGAUGGCGGGUCUUAAAGACACAAGUUCCCCGGCAGAAGUUUUUAAUUACGCCCUGGAAAUAUCCGAAGAUGUGGCUCUGACAGGGCGUGAAGACUCAGAGGAGGCAGACAGCAGAGACGAGCCUGAGCAUGGAAACAGACAGCACGAUGGACCGUCAUCUGCAGGUGACCCUACCGACGCUGAGUCAAAGUGGGAAGUGGGAGACCAGUGUCGGGCAGUGUGGUCCGAAGAUGGGAAGGAGUAUCCAGCGACUGUGGUGUCUGUGGAUGGCAAGCAUUGCAGAGUUUGUUUCACCGGCUAUGGUAAUGAGGAGGAUGUGGAACUGAGCGCGCUCAAGAGUCCUACUGCUGCACCACAAAUGGAGAACUCUCCCACUCAGGACUGGAAGCCUGGUUCUCGGUGUCGGGCGGUGUAUUCAGAGGAUGGUCGGGUUUAUCCUGCUGUUGUUCUGUGGGUAAACGGUCAGCGCUGCUGUGUUCGCUUUGAUCACUACAACAACGAGCAGGAGCAAGAUGUUAACUGUCUGCUGAAUCCAGAUGAGCUGUAUGGACCCAGCAGAGCCACGGUCAAGGUCAGCAACUGGAAGUCCAGUGCAACAAGCAGGCGGAGGAGGGAGAACAACCAAGGAGAACAAGGAACAGAGAGGAGGCCCGCGGGGAACGAUGCUCAGAACUACUUCAGAGCUAAAGAGAGACCUGGUAGUCAAAGCAGUAUGGGGAAAGAUACAGACGAGAGGAAAGGAAGACAGCAGACAGCUGGAGCAGAGAAACCAGCCAAUCACAGCUUCCCUCUCUUCCCUCCUUUUCCUCCUCCUCCUCCUCCUCACCUGGGCUCAGCGGAUCCCUUAGCCUUCCUCCCUCCUCCGCCCCCCAUCUGGAUGUUCGGUGGGGAAAAGUCCGAUGGCUCUCCUGGCACUGAAACCAUGUCCAGCAUGUUGAUGCUGUGGUACAUGUGUGGCUUCCACACUGGCAGCUUCAUGGCUCAGGUGUUCAAGUCAACCUCCAAAGACUGAGAGUCGAGAGAAUUGCGGGAUGAGAUGCAGCUGAGAUAUUCAUCUUUUGUUCACAGCGCACCUUCAUUUGCAUUUUAAUUAUUAUUUGUAUUUUUUAAAGCUGUUUUAUUGUUCUUAGUUGAAUAUUUUCAUGGAAACGGUGCAGGAAGGUUUGUUUGUUUUUGUGUUCACUUUGUGUUCAGAGAGUUUGUGGUGGAAGUGUUUGAAUAAACUACUGAAUCCUCCAAAUCAGAUCAGAAUAUUUGGAGAAAGGAGUAUUUUGUUAUUAAAAAGAAAGAUGGAUAACUUC